AUGGCAGAGACGCAGCGUCUGCCAUCUGCCGCGCUACUGGAGCUGUUCGCGGGCUCCUGCGGUGUUAAAGACGGAGCGAAGAAGCGCAUCUGCGAGCUUCCCCAGCUGCACGCCUCACGACACCUCGCCGACGGACUCAUCACGUCGCACGGCAACAUCGUCAGGUGGUGUCGAGCAGUGCAACAUGGACUGGACCCUGAAGCGCGCUUGCCGGGGCCCCCGUGCGGUCAGGGUUUCCAUUCACUCUUUGCUGCACGUCCCGCAACGACCGUCUGGGCGCUGUCCCCACAGAGUCUCCCACUGUGCCACAGUCAUGUCUGCCCCGCCAUCCUCGCCCUCGUGCCCCGCAUGACCUCGUCGUCGACUCAUGCGGCUAUCGCGGCCUCGCGCUGGACCCUUGGGCGCUAUGGCUGGCAUUCCGCACACCUCGUUGCGGGUCCCGCCUCGCGCUCAUCCCCAGGACUUUAUUUGCUACGGCUCCGGCGUGUGCUGCACAAUGACAUCGACUGGCGUGAGUGCUGGAUCACUGGCAGAAGAUCAAACACCACCAGCACCCGAUCAGACCGCACUGCUCCAUCAAUUUCGACUACACAUUAA